AACAGUGGUAACGCAGAAUGUAAGACAUAUCGAUUAUGCUGGGAAGGCUUAGCGAAAGAAGUGUCCGGCAAAAGAGAGAGUUUAAGUGUUUCUAUAUUUUUGAAGGAGCAACGUGCAGGAUAACAAGAGUUUGCAGGUUUCAUCAUGACACAGCUGAGGAGCUCUGAUUAACUUAUCAGAUAAAGCUCAAGGUUUGCUUGUAAUGGCUACCGCCAGACGGAUAUUUCGGACUAAAUGAAGUUUUCUGUGACAGAGUAGAUUUAUGAAGAGCUCUAUUCGUCAAUCAUGUCCCUCGAUUUUAGAGCGUCUGUCCCUCGAAUAAACACUCCUCUCCCGGCCUCUCACAGCCAAAUAGAGAGUCAAAUUGAAUCUUUCGUAGAGAGUUUUAAAAAGAACGGAUCUGUCUUCACCAACAAAUUAAGUGCAGAGUCGUGCAGCUCUUGUCCGCCAGAGAGCUCGAGUCAGGUUACGUCAUUGGGUGACAGUACACACGGAAACCAAACAAUAAGCAUGGCUCCCUCGUCCCAAGCUUCAAGCAGUUGUUUUGAUUCUUCCUCGUGUGACGACGUUCUUAUUAGUGAUACUGAUGAAACUAUGGAAGAGAAUGGAAGUAACUUGACAGUAAAAGAAGUAGGAGAUUUGCUCUACACCAAGUAUGCUAUUAUUACUGGUAGGUUAUAAACACAAUACCACAUAUGUUGUA